CCUGUGCAGGUGAGGAUGGGGGGUGGCUGGAUACACUGAUGUGUUGUGAUAGAAACGGCAGAUCUAUGAAACUCUCGGUAUUCAGCGGGCGUUUCCUGGAGGCUGAGCGUCUUGCAGGUCCGUGAAAUACUCUUGUAAGGAGCGAGGAAGGGUUACAUCGCAGCCUGGCUGCGUCAAAAUACGUUUUGACAUUUACCAGAUUUGACUGCUUUGGUAAGAGAGAGGAUUUCACCCGGAUAACCCUGUGAAGUUUGUCCAGAAAGCUAACAUCAUGCCGAAAAAAUCAAGUCGCCCUCCUGCAUAUGGCGGCAGACAUCACCACCGAUCCUCCCAUCGCACACCUUCUUACCAUCCUGAUGAAAUGCUUCACUUUUACCGCUGGACGUCACCCCCAGGUGUCAUGAAGAUUUUGUGCAUCAUCAUCAUCAUUUUGUGUGUGGCUAUGUUUGCCUGUGUAGCCUCCACACUGGCAUGGGACUAUGACGCCAGCGCCAUGGGCCUCGGGGGUCUAGGGAUGGGCAGUGGAGGCAGCUAUGGCGGUGGAGCGUACGGUGGUGGAGCGUACGGCGGUGGGCUUGGUGGAUAUGGAGGAAGUUACGGUGGGGGUUAUGGAGGUGGCACAUACAUGGACCCAAAAUCAGGCAAGGGUUUCAUCAUAGCAAUUGCGGCAAUCACCUUUAUCGCUGUGCUCAUCAUCUUCAUCCUGGCGGUGUCGAGACAGAACGCUGCACAGUCUCCCUCAUUCUAUCUGGCCUCCAUUAUUAUUUGUGCCAUUCUGGCUGCACUCAUGCUCAUCGCCACCAUCGUGUACCUGGUCGCUGUUAACCCCACCUCUCAGACGUCUGGAUCCAUGAUGUAUAAUCAGAUCUUGCAGCUGUGUGCACAAUACCAGAACCAAGAUCAGGCCUCUGGCAUCUUCAUCAAUCAAUAUUUAUACCACUACUGUGUAGUUGAGCCUGAAGAGGCCAUUGCCGUUGUUCUUGGGUUUCUGGUUGUGGUCGGAUUGAUCAUCUUACUUGUGUUCGCGGUGAAGACGCGAGGGCAGAUCAGGAGAUACGGCAGGGAGCGCGUUCUGUGGUAUGACGUGAAGACCAUCACCGACGGCCUCACGUCUCAAGGCAUUGGGGAAUGGGUUAACAAUGUGUCUGGAGAUCCAGAGGCUUUUGUCAAUGACCGCAAUGACCAAAUCGGGGUUACACAUCCAAUGGUUCACAGCCAGAAACCAAUUUAUCUUCCAAGUGGUUCUGACGUGACCAGCUCUUUAAGUGGACUGAAGAGUAAACUAAGAGACUAUGACACUGGAGAGUCUGGAGAUGAGCUGGACAAUAACUAUCAAAGUGAGUAUCCUCCCAUCAUUAAUGAGCAGGAGAGGCUCGAGUACAAGAGAGAGUUUGACAGAGACCACAUGGAGUACAAGCAUCUUCAGGCUGAGCUGGAUGAUAUUAAUCAGGGCUUGGCAGAAGCGGAUCGAGAGCUGGAUGGCUUACAGGAAGGCAGCCCACAGUUCAUGGAUGCCAUGGAUGUAUACAACAGGCUCAAAAGUUUGAAGAAGUCUGCAGACUAUCAGAUGAAAAAGAAAAGGUGUAAACAGCUGAAGACAAAACUGUCCUUGAUCAAAAGAAGGGUCAGCGACUAUGACCACAGACAAUAAAUCGUGGCAUUGGAAACUCAGGAGAGUAUGUUAUGUCACAUGAUAUUUUUGGGACUUUACUGUAUCUGUAUUUCUGUAUUAAAAAUCUGUAUCACUGUAUUACUAUCAAGAACUGUAUGGCUGCUGGAUGGCAGGUUUGAUCCACUAAGCUUGAUCAAAAUAUUGUGGUAUCAAUGAAGUAUUUUGUUUUAAUUUUUUUAAAGCUAGAUGAAGUCUCCUUUUAACCUUUUAUCUUUUGCCGCAGUCAAGUCAAAGUUAGUGUAUCUUAUAUAUGAGCAAGACUGUGACCACUGUUUGUUGUAGUUUUAGGGAUCUUCAACCAAAGACAUUCCAAUGUUGAUUGUUGUAAUAACUUAGUGGAUUUUCUUUUUUUUUAACUUUCAUUUUUAAAUUAAUCUGUCACAAGAAUAGCAAUCUAGUUUUUUUUUUUUUUUUUUUUAUGUACACACUUAUAGAAUAGGUGUGAAUUCAAUUUCAGUUAUAUCAUUUGGUUCUUUAAGUCAAUUCAGUCAAAUUUAUAGAGAAUUCAACAAUUUUAUUAUGGUGAAUGUACAGUACAUUUUUUGCUUGUUAUUUGUGUACAUAGUAAAAUAAAGCCAUUCAAUU